CUCUGCUGUGAUUGGCCGAGACUGCAUACACUAAUAAUUGGGGCAAAGGUAGUGGUGAAGUCUGUUUAUGCGUCCUGUCUGCUGGUGACACAAAGAUGCUGUUCAACAAGUUGCUCAAAGCCAGUGUGCGGUCUGGGAUCCGCCUGCAGAGCUCCAGUGCUGCUGCAAGCGUUGCAGCCUCUCACAGCAGCCACUCUGCAUCCCUCGGCUACUCGUUUGAGCUGACGGAUCAGCAAAAGGAGUUCCAACAGCUGGCGAGGAAGUUUGCACGUGAAGAGAUCGUCCCUGCUGCACCUGAAUAUGACAGGAGCGGUGAAUAUCCUGUCCCCAUCAUCAGGAAAGCGUGGGAGCUUGGUCUGAUGAACGGUCACAUUCCACAGGAAUAUGGUGGAAUGGGCUUGUCGAUCUUUGACAACUGCCUCAUCACAGAAGAGUUGGCUUAUGGCUGCACAGGUGUACAGACUGCUAUUGAAGCAAACUCUCUGGGACAAAUGCCUGUUAUUUUAGCUGGCAGUGACACACAGAAGAAAAAAUACCUGGGAAGGUUGACUGAGGAGCCUCUUAUGUGUGCGUACUGUGUCACAGAGCCCGGGGCCGGUUCUGAUGUGGCCGGCAUCAAGACCCGAGCUGUGAAGAUGGGUGAUGAGUAUGUUGUUAAUGGACAGAAGAUGUGGAUCACCAAUGGUGGGAAAGCUAACUGGUACUUCCUCCUGGCUCGCACUAACUCUGAUCCGAAAUGUCCAGCUGGCAAAGCCUUUACUGGCUUCAUUGUGGAUACUGACACUCCAGGAAUUCAAAUAGGAAGGAAGGAGAUGAACAUGGGCCAGAGGUGCUCAGACACCAGAGGCAUCACCUUUGAGGAUGUAAGAAUACCGAAGGAGAAUGUCCUGAUUGCAGAGGGAUCUGGCUUCAAAAUUGCCAUGGGUGCCUUCGACAACACUAGGCCACCAGUGGCAGCAGGAGCUACAGGCCUGGCACAGAGGGCACUUGAGGAAGCUACCAAUUAUGCCCUGGAGAGGAAGACCUUUGGCAAAGUUAUUGCUGAGCAUCAGGCUGUGUCUUUCCUCCUGGCUGAGAUGGCAAUGAAGGUGGAAUUGGCCAGGAUGGCGUACCAGAGGGCGGCCUGGGAAGUGGACCAGGGCCGUAAAAAUACCUACUACGCCUCCAUCGCCAAGGCAUUCGCUGGAGACAUCGCCAAUCAGGUGGCUUCUGACGCUGUUCAGGUAUUUGGAGGCAACGGCUUCAACAGUGAAUACCCCGUAGAGAAGCUGAUGAGAGAUGCCAAGAUCUACCAGAUCUACGAGGGCACAGCUCAAAUCCAAAGACUCAUCAUUGCCCGAGAACACCUGGGAAGAUACAAGAAAUGAACUCUGCACACCUUGCCCUCAUUCAGAUGUACUUUGUUGUAAAGUUUCUACACAUACACGUGUUCCUGGAAAUAGAUCUGGUUACAUAAACUCAGGAUAAAGUUGUAAAACAUUGUUUGCCUUAAAAUCACUUCAUCCUGCCUUGCUUUUUCAGACUGAUCCAGACCCUGAAUCGGUAGACAGCCGUCCACCUUUUUAAUAAGAGAACAAAACAUUAAAAACCUGUCAACAAGACCUGUCACAUUUAAAAGUGUAGCUCAGGAGUAUGGCCUUAAUGAGUUCUUGAGAAUCACCACAAAGCAAAACCGGCAUUAUGACUUUAAAGCACUAUUGUGGGAUCUCUGUUGAAAAGGGGCUUUUGUGUAAUGAUUUAACAACUAAAAAUGCAUGUUGUCUGAAAAUGGUUUUGUCUGUUUUAGCAAAAUAGGUCUUUUAAAAUUGCAAUAUACACUUAACCAUGGAGAACCUCUGCAUAAUGUAUAGAUGUAAUAUGUAUCUGAAGGUUUUAAGUCUGUAUAUCAUCCAGUUUUGAAUUAUGCCAUCCAAUCUAGAACUGAUGUUUUUUUGGUUUGUUUUUGUGGACAUUGAUAAUGGAUAUAAAGAGGUGUUUUAUGUUUUCAUCUUGAAGUUCGAUUAAAGGGAGAGUAAAUGAUUCUGCA